CCCUCCAUCCAGACGCAGCGCGCAGCCCAUCAACCUGAUCUGAAGAUCGAAAAUAGGAGGGCUUAUAGUAAUCAGCCCUUCAGACUCCCAUGACAAGGAAAAGUGUGGCAACGUCGUGGGAGCGCUCGGCACACACAGCAGGACGCUCAUUUGCGCUGCGCGCUCAGCACAUAACCAACCAGAUAGCGCGCAGACAGACGGAGAGAAGCGGGGACGGCAGCAGCAUCCCGUGACGGAUGCAUUUUUUUUAGCUAAAAUCGGACGCUUUGGAGAGUGAAAACAACAAGAGUCAGAGAGAGACAGGAGGGGAAAUAACGCGCUUUUUUUUGGAGGGAUUUGAACAGAGUGCCGUUGUGCUCUAGUCUUCUCCGGAUGCUCAGAAAUGGGGGAAUGGACUAUACUAGAGAGGCUCCUGGAGGCUGCUGUCCAGCAGCACUCUACUAUGAUAGGAAGGAUCCUACUAACAGUGGUGGUCAUCUUCCGGAUUCUAAUCGUAGCAAUAGUUGGAGAGACUGUCUAUGAUGACGAGCAGACCAUGUUUGUUUGUAACACCUUACAACCGGGCUGCAACCAGGCAUGCUACGACAAGGCAUUUCCCAUUUCACACAUUAGAUAUUGGGUUUUUCAAAUCAUCAUGGUGUGCACCCCGAGUCUUUGUUUUAUCACGUACUCGGUGCAUCAGUCGGCCAAGCAGAAGGAGCGGCGCUACUCAACAGUCUAUCUGACACUAGAUAAGGAUCAAGAUUCACUGAAGCGAGACGAGAGCAAAAAGAUAAAGAACACCAUUGUUAAUGGAGUACUUCAGAACACGGAGAACUCCACCAAAGAAGCCGAGCCGGACUGUUUAGAAGUCAAAGAGAUCCCUAAUUCGGCAAUGAGAACUACAAAGUCCAAAAUGAGGCGACAAGAGGGCAUCUCCAGGUUUUACAUCAUCCAGGUGGUGUUCAGAAACGCGCUGGAAAUAGGCUUUUUGGUGGGUCAGUAUUUCUUGUAUGGAUUCAACGUCCCGUCGGUGUACGAAUGUGACCGCUACCCCUGCAUAAAAGAUGUCGAGUGCUACGUGUCCAGACCCACGGAGAAGACAGUGUUCCUGGUGUUCAUGUUCGCGGUCAGUGGGUUCUGUGUGGUGCUGAACCUGGCAGAACUCAAUCAUUUGGGCUGGAGGAAAAUCAAAACGGCCGUGCGAGGUGUGCAGGCUCGACGGAAGUCCAUUUAUGAAAUCAGAAACAAGGACUUGCCGAGGAUGAGUGUGCCUAAUUUUGGCCGCACUCAGUCCAGUGACUCUGCUUAUGUGUAACACAUGGGAAGGAAAGCAGCGAAAACAUGUAAAAAUCCAUGAUGGACAUGAUGGACAGCUACGCACGCCUAAUUCGUGUCAUGACUUUAAGAGUGGGCAGAUUUUUUUGAUUUGUUGGUCUUUUAAGGACUUCAUGGCAAGCGUGGGGUUACACGUUUGUUUACUUAUUUAUUAUUGCACUGAUGCAACUUUUUAGUAACGUUUAUACUCUGUAAGAUGCUAAAUGGAGACCAUGUUAACGUGUUCACAUAUUUACUCUUUGUGUGGGCUUAUUCUGUUGUACUUGAAGAGAGUAAAUGCAAAAAUUGCACUAAGAGGUGAACACUUGAGGGCCUGAUCUUAUCCAAAAUGUGCUACUGACCUGAUGGUGUUUUUAAGACAUUUCCUUUCCACCUGUUUUUUGGCAUCAACCUAAUUAAAUGGCACCAUACACAGUGGUUAAAGGACAAUUCUAUCAUCCAGAUUUAUAUAUGCAUAGAUAUAUAAAUCCUGACUGACUAUGGCUCAGACCUAGUUGAAAUACAUCAGCUUAAUUCAUGUUUUUAUGUUGCCUGUGUUGCACCACUGACCUUAACAUUUGUAACCAUUCCAUUGCUUUAUAGCUGACUUGCAAAACAGUAUCUGGUGAAUUUGCUGCAAACGCUAACGUCUGUGACUUCCUUAAUUUAUGACACACCAAAGCGCCCACUGCUUUUAUUUGUGAAGUGUUUUUCUUGCUUUUGUGUAAUCAAGUGCCAUACUUGUAUAUAAACAUGAUAUAUAUGUAUACAUAUAAAUAUAUAAAUAUAUAAUAAUCAUCAUGAAAGCUGAUUCCCUGCUUGGAUUAUGCUAAAUGCCGCCCAAUUUUUUUAUUUGCUUUAAAUGUAUUUGUUGUGAUUUAAAUGAAGAAGAAAAAAAGAAUAAUAACAAGAUAUACAGUUUUCUUUGUUUCAUUUUGCAAA